CUGGUUUGCUAACCGCUAGUAAACAUAACAGUACAAGAAAAAGAACCAUUGCCGCGAAAACGACAGUUUUGAAUGAUCAAAUGAAAACAAUGUCUAUCAACGGCUUCAUGAGGUAGAAAUAAAAACAAAGAUGAUUCUGCAAUGUUGAUGCAUUGUUUUUCGGUCGAGUUUUAGAAGGAAACCUUUAGAAUCAGUCAUGACAGGAAACACCACGUCCACUGCAUUCCUCAAAGAUGUGGUGGCGUAUGUUGAUGUGUGGUCUGCGAGCAGGAUGGAGGAUUACUCUGAUCCGUUCAUCCAGCAGCUGCUGGACAUGGGUGCAGAGGUAUCUAAGACACUCAACAAACAAGUGACCCAUGUAGUCUUCAAACAUGGCCGCCCGUCCACAUGGAAGAAGGCCCAGAAAAUGGGUGUAAGGAUUGUUUCUGUCCACUGGGUAGCAAGAUGCAAAGAAAGUAAUGAACAUGUAGAUGAAGAUCUUUUUCCUGCUCAGAAUGAAGAAUCCAAAUUUCAUCUUAUGAAUAAAAGAACCCAUCGUUGCAUGCAGCCUAGAGAUUUUGCUAUAAAGACCCCUGAGAAUGACAGGCGACUGAAAAAAAAAUUUGACAAAAUGAUGGAAGACCUGAUCCCCUCGUCCCCUGUUGUUUCUGACACUUCUCCAUUCGUUAUUGAUGAGGAAAGUGGAAUAGUCUACAGUCCCUCUUUAAAACGCUCUGACAGCAUGGCUCAGCGACUGAGAGAAAUGAGAGCUCAACGUGAACAUCUCUCACCCACUGCCUCGCAGAUGCAAGACAGUGGCCCAGGAUGUGAUUCAUCCUUGAGAUCUUCCCUUGGGGCAUCUCCAACUUUGUCUUUCUUGCAACAGCUAGAGGAAGAGCCUUUGGAUUGUUUAUCAAACUCUCAUUGUCACUCCUUGAAGAAAAGAGAUGAACAAGAGAAGCAGAACUGCGAUAAGUCAAUAACGAAAAUAACAAGUAAAAUAAACCACGCACCUUCUGAAUCAGACACAGCCAUGGCCAUGUGUAAUCUGGCUAAUGGUGAAAGUAAUGAAGUCCCACCAUUAUUUUUAAGAUCAAGACGGUCUUUAGUGAACAACACUGGAGGAAAGAAGCAGUCUACUUUAGAGAAUUUCUUUCAUAAAACCACUUCUGAAAGAAAACAAAGCACACUCCUCAAACCAGAAACUGAAAACAUUGAAAUAUCAACAGAGUUAUCUGGCAGCCCUGAAAGACCUAAAAGUUCCCUGCCCGAAAGCCUCACAAAAACAAAUCACAAAAACAGCAAAAGUAUACAGCACUCCAAAGAACUGCAGACCAACUCUAAACGUUCCUAUUCCAGGAAUUCAUCUUCAGCACGCGGUUGUUUCACAGCAAAUAAAAAUGCCAUUAAUAAUGAUGAAUCUGUUACUUUCAAGCCUGUUCAUAAAUGUCAACGUAAAACUUCUGCUCCACUGUGUUCAGCUGACUCAAUUGGUGAUCUUCCUAGUCAAGAUGAUGAUGGUGAGGUGUUUGAAGACAUCUUCUCACCAGCCAACAAUGCCCUUAAGCGGAGGGUCAUUUUGUUUGGUUCAACCUCAGAAGCAGUGCACAUGUCCACUUUUCACCUAGAGGAUUCAAACAAGAAGAGCAAGAGAUUGUGUAGUAAAAAGCGAAAACAUGAAAAUAUUGAUAUUAAAGACUUGGUUGACUCAUCAAGCCCUGUGGAUAUGAUGGAGGAAAUUGUUCCUGAGACACAUGGCUCAAAGCCUGAAUGUUUGUCUGAGUGUUUGCCUCAGUCACCCAGGUUUGUAGAAAUAAAACUCAAGCCGUUGGCAAAGAAACAGAGGACGCAAACUAGGCUAAGCUCUGCUGUUCUCUCUGAAGUGAAGGAACGUAAAAGCUCGGUCAAACUCAGUCCUGCUAACAAAAAGAAUGUAUCAACGGCUGCCUCUCCAAUGUCAUCCUCUGCGGUUUACACAGAGCAGCAAAUACAGAAGUUUCUCAAACCCGACCCUGAUCUCAAAUGUGGUAUUGAAAACAGACAGAUGGGUUUAAAAAUUGCAGGGAAAGAGAAUAAAAGCACAGCUUAUGGGAUCAUUGAGAGAAGUUAUGAAAUGUGCAGCAAACCGGAUACUAUGAAAAAGGACAAGUACAUGAAGAAAAAUAGGUCCUUGGUAAUGACAAGCAUGCCCACUGAAUCCUAUGGUGUUUGGAGCACAGGCAGUGGGUUCCUGAAGAACCUUAUGAGCUAUCAGAUCAUUUUCCAGCUGCGCCUGGGUCAGCCGUCACGCUAGCGAUACCACCUCGGUUUUUUUCUUACCAGUGCGAAAGAGACUCAAAAUACUUCGUCAAUUUUGGACAUACAAUUAAGAGGUAUACACCAUUCUAAUCUGUCAAAUGUCUUUUUAUUUGUGUACUCAUGCUCUUUGCAAAAUAAAGAAAACUAACAUGAAGCGUGAUCUGUCAUCUUUCUCUGAAGUCCAUUCUGAUAGUCCUCAGAAAAUAAACUGUAAAUUAGUGAAUACUAAUCACACAAAUAUGUCUAAAGAAAUGUUGAAAUGUCAGAUUUUAAAUCAUGUAAGUCAAACUGAAAACAAAUAUUCUCUGUUUAUGUAAUCUGUUUGAAAAGAGAGAGAUGUCAGUCGUUCGCGAGUCAUCUUAUUAUCCACUAACGCGGCCACACCCACAGAGCGCGCACAGCAUUCAAAUGCAAAUUCUGAGGCGAUCAAUGCAACAGCAAAUGCCUGGUUUCAAGGAUCAACUUGAUCAAGCCGAGGAUUGUGAAUGGUAAGUGUUUUUUUUUUUAGUUGUUUGUUUUUUUUAUUCCUAAAUUCUUUAUUCUAAUCGUGAUAUAGACUAGUGUCUGUCAAUAUUAAGCCGCAAAAACUUUAAAUAUGAAUCCUGCAUGUUCUCUGUCUCUGUGUGAAUGAUUCGGGCAGACGCGUGGUUUCAUUUAGCUACUACACAUAACUUACAUUAGUAAACAUGACUUAUUGGCUUUUCCAAAAAAAUAUUGCUAUACUGAGAUGAGUGAAAUCGACUGCAAUAUGUAAUAAAUACUGAAAUAAAAUGUGUUAGCAGCAUAUUAAACUGCACAUUAACAUUUAUAGGUUCUAUAAUAUAACAAAGAUUCAUAAAAUGUCAUAGCAAUAUGAAUGUUUAGACAAUAUUUCUUUGGCCUGUUUUGGACAGAUUAUGAAGGGUUUACUGUAAAAUAGCCUAUAUAGUGCCACAUCAAUGAAGCUUUUGUUCGCAAGGAAUGAUGAAAGCUUUGCAUCACAGAAAUAAAGUAUAUUUUAAAGUAUAUUCAAAUAGAAAACCAUUAUUUUAAAUUGUAAUAUUAUUUCACAGUAUUGCUGUUUUUUCUGUGUUUUUGAUCAAAUAAAUGCAGGCUUGAUAUGAUCCUGUUAACAUCAUGUUCACUGAGUGUUUUUUUCUUUUAUCGCACAGAUUUGAGAAUCAUAGUGACCAGAUAUUGGCCCACAUUGGACUGCAUGCAUAUGAUACUGCGAUCACUGACUGGAAGCAGGAAAGUUUUGUUUUUUGUUUUUUUUCUUCUUCUUUUUCUUCUUUUUUUCUCCAGUGCACCAAACACCAAAUGCCAGGUAUGUGGUGUUCACUUAUAUCUUUGAAAAGGAUUUAUUUCCAGGUAUAAAUGUGUACUCAAAAUGUGUCUUUGACUCUCAUUUAUAUAGUUAACUAUAUUCUAAAUAAACUACAAACAAAAAAUGAUAGAUUUCUUUUGUCGUUGGAUUCUUUCUUAGUUCACUCAGUCACAUUCCUAACUGAAUGGCUCAUUAUGCGGCUCAUUAGGGGCAGGGUUUUAAUUUCCUUAGGUCUGAAUCACAGCAUUAUUUAUGAAGAUUCUCGCCUCCCCACAUAUGGCCCUUCUAAACAAAGUGUCUUAGAAAUUUAAAAUCAAUAAAUUGUUUUAUGUGUCCGAAUAGGCAGAAUGAUUUUAACAUCACUUUGAAGCAAAAACUCUAGACUAAAAUAUACAGCUCCCAAAAGUCUUGUGAAAAAAUGUUUAGUAUGUGUUUUGAGGCCUUAUUUCAGUGACUUUUUUUUUUUUUUUUUUUUU